CAUCAGAGAAAGAGAGAAAGAGAGAGACAGAGAGAGAGAGGGAGAGAGGAGCCCGUGCGGAGGAGGCGGGGAGAGGGAGAGCGCGAUGGACGUGGAGAAGGUGACGGAGGUCGCGCCGGAGGUCGACGACGACGGCCGUGUAAGAACAGGGACGGUAUGGACGGCGACGACGCACGCCAUCACCGCCGUGAUAGGGUCCGGCGUGCUGGCGCUGCCGUGGAGCGUGGCGCAGAUGGGGUGGGUCCUCGGCCCCAUCGCCCUCAUCGGCUGCGCCUACAUCACCUACUACACCGCCGUCCUCCUCUCCGACUGCUACCGCUCGCCGGACCCCGUCCACGGCAAACGCAACUACACUUACAUGGACGCCGUCCGCUCCUGCCUCGGGCCUAGAGAAGUGGCUGUCUGUGGCAUUGCACAGUACACGAUACUCUGUGGUGCGAUCGUGGGUUACACCAUCACAGCCGCCACGGGCAUCAUGUCCGUGGUGCGCAGCAACUGCCGCCAUUACAAGGGCCACGGCGCGGACUGCAGCCAGGAGGGGACGAUGUACCUGGUGAUGUUCGGCGCCGUCGAGGUCGUCCUGUCGCAGCUGCCGAGCCUGGAGAAGGUCACCUUCGUCUCCAUCGUGGCCGCCGUCAUGUCCUUCACCUACUCCUUCGUCGCGCUCUUCCUCAGCGCCGCCAAGUUCGCGUCCAACCACAAGGCCUACGGCACCAUCUUCGGCAGCCAUAUCGGCGGCCCUGGCGGCGUCUCCGCGGCGACCAGGACCUGGAGCUUCCUGCAGGCCCUCGGCAACAUCGCCUUCGCCUACACCUACGCCAUGCUCCUCAUUGAGAUCCAGGACACGGUGAAGGCGCCGCCGUCGGAGAACGUGACGAUGAAGAGGGCGAGCAUGUACGGCAUCGGCGUGACGACGGCCUUCUACGUGUCGCUGGGGUGCAUCGGGUACGCGGCGUUCGGCAAUGCGGCGCCGGGGAACAUCCUCACCGGCUUCGACGAGCCCUUCUGGCUCGUGGACCUCGCCAACGUGGCCGUGGUGGUGCACCUGGUGGGCGCCUACCAGGUGUACGCGCAGCCCGUGUUCGCGUGCUACGAGAAGAGGCUCCGGGCGCGGUACCCGGAGGCGGCCUUCUUCCACCGGGAGCUCGCGCUGCGGCUGCCGGGACGCCGGGGCGCGCUGCGGUUCACCAUGUGCAAGCUGGUGCUGCGCACGGCGUUCGUGGCCGCCACGACGGUGGUGUCGCUGAUGCUGCCCUUCUUCAACGCCAUCCUCGGCCUGCUCGGCGCCGCCGCCUUCUGGCCGCUCACCGUCUACUUCCCGGUCACCAUGUACAUCACGCAGGCCAAGGUGCCGCGCGGCAGCGGCAAGUGGGUGGCGCUGCAGGCGCUCAACGUCGGCGCGCUCGUCGUGUCGCUGCUGGCCGCGGUGGGCUCCGUGGCCGACAUCGUCCAGCGCCUCGGGCACGUCACCAUGUUCAAGACCCAGCUGUGAUCGAUCGACCAUGGGCUCAUGGGCGUGGCCAGUUUGAUGCUUCUGCGUGCAUUUUCUGCUUGAUGUGCUGUGUGCACUGCCUACCCCGAUCUGGUAGCUAUCGCUAGUUGCUGGGAUUACUUGGUCGUGUUAUUGUCGUGGUAGGUAGUAGUAUAUGUGUAGGUCAAAUGCUGGUUACCAUCUACCGAGUCUACGGGUACCGCAGCUAUGGUUCGGGUAUUUGGGUCGGUGCAAGUGUGAUACAAUUGUCUUGGGAACGAUAUUUUUUCUUGUGAUAAGAUAAGUAAUCAUAUUUUUAAA